AAUCGACUAAAGUAACGGAGGAGAAUCUCUUCUAUAAAAGUCCAUUGUGAACAUAUUCGACAUCACGCGAGAGCGAAUCGCCGGGAUAUGUGCCAGAAAAUACAAGUAAUCGGGUCGUCGCGUUGAAAAAAGUGAGUGUCCGUUCGUCCCGCGUGAUAGACGCGGGAUUUCCGAUCAAAAAAAGUAUCGCUCGAUUCGUAAAUCGAGUCGAGUUGCGCGCGAGGCGUACUAGAUUUGGGUGAUUGAUUUUUGGUGUCGCUCCGCGCUUUACCGGACGUGAGUUUGUUACAAACGACGAUCACGAGUAAACGCGUUUGCUUGCACGUGCAAGAAGAAACUGAUGUAUUCAAAUUUCGUAGUUUGCUAAUAAUCAGUUCUGUGACGGGAAGAGAUUGAUACUUGCAAAAGAGAAAGAGAGAGCGAAAAAAAAAUUUAGUGCGCGUAUACGUAGCAGGAGAAAGAAAGUGUGUACGUGUGUGCGUGUGCGUAUGCGUGUGAAUGAGUGAGCGAGAAAAAAAAGGGCACGCGUGAAAGAGAAAGAAUGAGAAAGGGAACAAGAAAGAGGUACCAUGAACCUUCACUCUUGUAAGAUGGAGCGAAGAGGGCUACUGACGCGAGCGAACGAGUAAGUGCGCGCGCGCUUUAUCACAUACAGGCUCUCUCCUCUCCCGAACGAACGAGUCUCGAGACGUCUCGUCGUGACAGGGGAUUUCGUCGUAGUGUUACCCGGGUAACGCCCCCCUUGAGCAUGGUGUUGCCCCCGUGUGGCACAUUCGCGCAUCGUGAUGUCGCGUUUGCGGUCUCCUGAGGUUCACGUAAAGGCCUCGGUGUAUGCCGUAUUGUGUGGCAUUACUGCCUCCGCGUCUCGAACGAAAAAAAAAUCUCAGCACUUCGCACUAAGAAAAAGUGACGCUAAAAGAAGUGUCCCGUUAAUAAAGGGACAAGGGCAUCUAUAGAAGAGUCAAGGUAGAAAAAUUCGCGUCGCGAGUGAUCGACAAAUCUAUAAUCGGCGAUGUGCUCCGCUUUCCGUCGUUACGAAGGCGAUGCCUGCCGCGAAGAUGACACUUGUUUACGUGACCGAAGCGGGCUGAGUUUGACUAACCACCGCCGAUCGCUGAUCGAGCAAAUGUCGCCAACGCAGCCGGUGCGUUAUGGUGCGCUAUUACGGCGACGCGUUUUUGGACGCGCACGCGACGAGCGUCGCUAUCGCCGUAUGUUGCGAUGCUCGAAUUUUCGGCGAUUUGUGUGGCCCCGGAUGGCUAUCGGCUUAUCGUCUUACGUACGCGCGCGCGAUAACACGAGAGCUUGCCGGGAAGCUCUGACCGCGCGUCGUUUCACUUGCGUGCGGAACACGUUUACGCGGGCACGCAUGGAUCUAUCUCAUGGACACACGCGGUGAGUGACACCGAUGGUAAGGCAUCGCGAUACCCGGCGAUGUGCUGCGUUUUCCAACGAAGAACGUAUCCACACACACACAUGUACUUGUGGACUGUCGCAAAAAAUAAUCGGAAUCACGCCACGAGAUUCUAAGGACGAGUAAUUCUGAGACUUCCAACAGUCUUUUGGCACGGUUGCAGCAGUUUGGAGCAUUAUCAUUAUAGGUGCAGCCUGUUGCCUAAAGGAUUAAUAUUAAUAAUAUCUUCAUUAUUAUACUGGAUUGUAUCUGGAUUGACAAAAUAUUUUUUUGCUGUAUCUUUGUCUUCCAUCCUGUACUUUUACUGUAAGAUGUCAUCUCGAGAUUAUGAUAGAAGAAGAGGUGGCAAUAGCAGCAAUUCAAGCAGGCUGCGGAUGGAUACGAGCGUAUCACAAUCCAGACCACAUGGCGAGAGUUCUAGUAAGCGGAAGGAGAUAGACAAUGUAAUGCGAAAGGCGCGCGAGUCACAAUCAAGCUACUGGAACAAGAAGCUAUUGGAAGCAGAAGAACGGGAUCCAAACAGGUGGCGUCAUAGUGGAUAUAAAGAGCUAUAUGUUGGUGGCGGUAGUGAAUCCAGCAAUAGAGGACACCCUAAAAGUCCGAGAAGCCCGCGAUCUCGUAGUCCUCAUAGUCCGCGACCUCGCAGCCCCCGAACGAGAAGUCCACGAUCGCCACGUGAACGCUCCUCUCGUGAACACAAUAAAAACAGAUCGGCUGCUCGUAACUCGAGUACAGGCAGCACGUGUUCCGACAGAUCGUGUUCUGUUUGUUCGCCGAAAGAACGACGACGCGUUGCACCACUGUCUCGCUCGCACUCGAGAUCGAUUAGUCCGAUACGAACCAGGGCGCAUCCUAAAGAUGUAAUCGCAUCCAGUUCGCGUGCUCUACAGCCGCGCACGAGACCACGGUCGCCACCUCUACCGCGGCCGCGUACACCACCAUUGACGUCGCAACCGCCGCUGCGUCAUCAGAAGGAUUACAAGAACCUUAAGGAGAAAGAAGCCAAGGUUCGCCGUAAAGAGAAACAUCACAGCAGAUUACCGGAUGAUCCACGAGUACCAGAUCCUAUCUCAUUGAUACGUAAACCGGUAAAAGUAGAAAAGACACAUACGAGUCAUGGAGCAUCACAAAUAAUGCGGCCACCGCCAGAAUCUUCACCUAGCGACGAUAGCGAUAGUUCUUCGACUACAUCCCAUGUUGGUCCACCAAAAAUGACAUUAUCUGAACGAUUUGGCAAAAUGGCACAGUGGAGCGUGGAUCGUAGGGAUAUGGAAAAUAUGCGUAUCACAAAAGAUGGCGAAAAUGCGAUGAAGGUUGUUAUAGAAGGCGAGGAAAGAAUCGCGCGCUUGGGCUACGAUUCGCCGCCUCCCGGUCAUUAUCCCGAGUCGCUUUUGGCGCAAGGACCGAGAGGCUUUGAAUGCUGGGACGACGUGCGCGUCCGAUAUGAUUAUUACAAGGCGAGAGGAUACCUUCGUGAUCUCACUCUUGACGAUUAUAUCAAAUGGGAAGAGUGGUGGUACAAAUAUCAAGAAUGGCUAGAAGCUGAACGUUUCUACGAGCAGUGGGCCUCGUCGAAUCGUCCGUCUGGUGGCGGCAGUCGUAAGAGACGUGGACGACGGAAUAAUGCUACUCACUAAGGCUAUGCAACACAAAUCUCUGUACGAUUUACGCUCGACUUUAUUGACAAAAUAUACAGUGAUACCUGUAUGCUUCAAGUAUACAAGAAAUAAAUUAAUAAA